AUGGCACUAAAAUUAGACCUUAGCAAAGCGUAUGACCAUGUGGAGUGGGGCUUUCUUCGUGCCAUGAUGGGGAAGAUGAGAUUCGAUACACGCUUUGUUGAACUUAUUCUUGCUACAGUGGACUCGAUUAGAUACAAGAUUGGCCCUGGCAGUCAUCAAUUAGGCCUGAUUGUACCUGAGAGGGGUAUCUGUCAAGGAGAUCCUUUAUCUCCCAAUUGGUUUCUAAUUUUUGCAGAGGGAUUCUCCUCUUUGAUAAGAAGGUUUGAACGUGAUGGAAGGUUGAGAGGUUAUAAUAGCUAUGUUUAUUGUCGUGCAAAUGAGAAAAAGACUUCAAAUAUCUUACAUCUCCUCCAACUUUUUGAGGCUGCUUCAGGCCAACAAGUUAAUUUCAGUAUGUCCUCUAUCUUCUUUAGCACUAAUACUCCUACUGAUGUGCGUCAUCAGUUGUAUGCUUUGUUGGGAAUGGGAAUGGCUGGUGAGUGUAGUACUUACUUAGGCCUCCCAUGUACUAUGGGUAGGAACAAAGAUGCCAUUUUAGGUUUCUUAAAAGAGAAAAUGCAUAAAUGA